AUGGGCUAUGCAUCAACAAAUGUUGAAGCGUAUUCAAAUGGAAAUGAUACUUACGUAUCAAAAGAGAGUUCUUAUUUAUAUGGAAUAUAUAUGGGAAUUAAAUGGCAAUGUGUUGAAUAUUCACGUCGAUGGCUUUUUAUACGUAAAGGAUGUGUUUUUAAAAGUAUUCCGGGUGCUGCGGAUAUAUGGACUCAAGUAGAUUCUGCUCAAAGAGUUGUUGAUAAAAAAUGUUUUCCUUUUAAAAAAUAUGCAAAUGGCUCUUCUUCUCCACCAAUAAAUGAAUCUUUACUUAUUUAUAGUCGUUCAGGAGCUGAUAUGCCACAUGGACAUGUCGCUGUUAUUAUUGAUGUUUUACCAAAUUCUAUUCGAGUUGCCGAAGAAAAUUUUGAUUUUUUUUAUUGGUCUGGAAAUUAUUCUCGAGAAAUUCCAUAUGAUUUUAUAAAUGGAAAUUAUUAUAUUAGAGAUAAUUAUACAAUUCUUGGUUGGAUGUUACUUGAUGAUAAAUAUAAUCAAACACAACCACUAGAUCAAUCUACAAUUAAUACUAUUAUACAACUUAAUGGAUCAUCUCCGGAUUUUAUUUGUCAUAAUAAUGCUAUUCAUUAUUACUUGUCCACUUCAUCUUUAUUCAUUUUUCAUUUUCUUUUAUGUUUAAUUUUUCAUUAA